AUGUUGCAUACAGAUAAAAGAUCUUUUGAAUGUGCUGAGUGUGGCAAACAAUUUAAAGAACGUAGAAGUAUAAUACGUCACAUGUUGGUGCAUUCAGGUGUAAAACCUCACGAGUGUCCAGAGUGUGAGAAGAGAUUCAGUCAGCUUGAAUCUCUGAAGAAACACAGGCUGGUGCAUACGGGAGAAAAACCUUUUGAAUGUGCUGAGUGUGGCAAAAAAUUUAGAGACCGUGGAACUAUUAUCCAUCACAUGUUAGCGCAUUCAGGUGUCAAACCUCAUGAGUGUCCAGACUGUGGAAAGAGAUUCGGUUAUCUUAGAAAUAUGAAGAAGCACAAGAUGAUACAUUCAUUUAAUCACCCUAAGGCCGGCCACACAUGUGCAGUUUUAACUGACAGUUAUGACUGUUCAGUUAUAACUGUCACAGUUCAAACUGACGUCAGUUAA